UGCUUGCUUUGCUACCCGUCCUGUCUCCUCCCAUAAGAACACGAAACUGUCGCGGCGGAUUGCGGGUUCCAGUCUGCGGGGCCGUGUAUGAAAUGGGCGAAGCCGGUAAUGGGUGUUUCGAACUUGAGCUGUGAACGCGAUGAAGAGUGGACGGUGGCCACACAAAAGCGCAGUAGUCGAGGAUGACGCAGAGCGAGGGCCACAGCGCCACCCGCAGGCGGAGCAGUGAAGGUGCAGGCAAGGGCCCUGGGAUGUUUAGCUGUGACUCCCUGCAGUCCGUUGGCGCUAACAUGGAGGCUCCCGUCCAGUGCGAUUCAGAGGAGGAGAAUGAAGGAAAGCAGGAGGACAUGCAGGCUGAUGAGCAGAAUAAUGUUGCGGAGGGACCGAGGGAGCAUGCCCACCAGCAAGAAGCCCCAGAUGGUGGGUGGGGCUGGGUGGUGCUGGUGGCCUCUGUCCUUGUCCUGGCCCUGACCCUGGCCUUCCCCUCCUGCCUUGGGAUCUUCUACACUGACCUGCAGACGGACUUCCAGGCGAGCAACAGCGAGACGUCCUGGGUUCCCUCCAUCAUGACUGCAGUGCUGCACGCAGGAGGCCCUUUGUGCAGUGUGUUGGUGGAGCAGUUGGGAUGCCGGGCUACAGUGAUGCUGGGCGGGGUCCUGAGUGGGCUGGGGAUGGCAGCCAGCUCCUUCACUAACACCAUCGUGGAGCUUUACAUCACUGCUGGGAUCAUCACAGGAAUUGGGUUCUGCUUCAGCUUCCAGCCCGCGGUGACCAUCCUGGGCCACUACUUCCAUCGACGGCGUGCCUUCGCCAACGCCGUGUCAUCCACGGGAACCGCCAUUGGGCUGUCCACCCUGCCUUUCCUUGCCGACUACCUGCACAGCCAGCUGGGCUGGAGGGGGAGUUUCCUGGUGCUGGGGGGAGUGCUGCUAAACUGCUGUGUAUGCGGGGCGGUCAUGAGGCCUGUGGAGCCUAAGUAUCGGACAUCACAGAACCCCCACGCAAACAGUGAUCAGCCCCUGCAACCCAAGCAGGACGGGCUGAAGGGGCGAGUGAGGGCCUCCCUGGCCAACCUCAUGGCCUCCUUGCGCAGAAACAUGGCGUUCGACCUCUUCUGCAGCAACCUGCGGUAUAGAAUCUACGCCAUCGGCAUCACCUGCAUGAUGCUGGGGUUUGUGGUGCCCCUGAUCUUCCUGGUGCCCUACGCCACCUCCCACGGCAUGGAGCAGAGCCGAGCCGCCCUGCUGCUCGCCAUCCUUGGGUUCGUUAACAUCUUCGUGCGCCCUCCCGUCGGCCUGCUCUUCAGCAUGCCCUGGUUCCAGGGCCGCCACAUAUACGUGUUUUCGGCGGCCCUGCUGGUCAACGGGCUGAGCAACUCCAUCUGCUGCCUGGCGGCCAGCUUCCCUGUGCUCCUGGGGUACGUGGUCACCUACGGGCUCUCCAUGAGCAUCGUCGGCUCACUCCUGUUCACUGUGCUGAUGGACAUCGUAGAGAUGAGCCGGUUCCCAGCUGCUCUUGGCCUGCUGGCCAUCAUGGAGAGCGUCACCCUACUGGUGGGGCCCCCCCUCGCAGGGACCCUGGUGGACAGAACUGGGAAGUACACUUACGUCUUCUACGCCUGCAGUGCCUUUGUGGCCUCAUCUGCCCUCUUCCUCAUGGUGUCCUUCUACUGGCUGGACAGGCGAGAAAGGAAGGCGAAGCGGCUCUCCGAACCUCAUGCUAUCCCACCAAAGCCUGGUGUCACCCUUGCUCUUGAUUGCAAGUACAGCAGCGUACCGACACAAGGGGGCGGCGCUCCCAACACGGAGACGGUGUACAUCACCGCCUUGUGAACAGCAGCGAGCACACAGACUUAGGCCGAUACCCAGGCAGCCACUCAGGAAAACAGGCACGCGGGCUAGAAGGAACGUGCAUUGUGGUCACUUCGGAUGCUACGGCAGCUAUUGGCUGGGUCUGGUCAAAUUAACUGGCCUCCACCAAAGGUUAGGUGUGGUGAGCAGUCUGGCUCAGACAACCUGAGAAUUAUGUUCUCAAGCAGGAUUACUCUGUGGCAGUGGAUGUGGACUUACUCCACGUGCAAUAAGGUGUUGUUGUUGCUGUUACUGCAUACACUGUGUUAAGGCAAAACAUGUUAAAUUUGUCUCUCUCUUGUGUUCUGUUAUCUCUCUUGUUCCUUCGCUCUCUCUCUCUCUCUCUCGCUUUCUCUCUCUCUCUCUCUCUCUCUCCCUCUCAC